AAGAGCGACGGCGACGGCGGCCCAUAGCCAAGGGAGGGCGGGACUUCCGGCCGUGCGGAACCCAAUAAGUAGACGCCGGCCGGCGGCCCGUGCGGACGCCUCCGCCCCUUAGGCGUCCGACUCCCGCCUCUAGCUUCACCUCCUACCGCCGCCGUUGCUGCUUCCCGCGGCCUGGGCCUCCGCCGAAAGCAUGCCGCACGCCUUCAAGCCCGGGGACUUGGUGUUUGCCAAGAUGAAGGGCUACCCGCACUGGCCGGCCCGGAUUGAUGACAUUGCUGAUGGUGCCGUGAAGCCCCCACCCAACAAAUACCCCAUCUUCUUCUUUGGAACGCAUGAAACGGCCUUCCUCGGACCCAAGGACCUGUUCCCCUAUGACAAGUGCAAGGACAAGUACGGAAAGCCCAACAAGAGAAAAGGCUUCAAUGAGGGGCUCUGGGAGAUCCAGAACAACCCCCACGCUAGCUAUAGUGCACCUCCGCCCGUGAGCUCCUCUGACAGUGAGGCCCCUGAAGCCGACCUGAGUGGUGGCAGCGACGCCGACAAGGACAAAGAAGCCCGGAGGGUCAUGACUGUGACAGCUGUGACCACCACAGCCACCAGUGACAGGAUGGAGAGCGAUUCCGACUCUGACAAGAGCAGUGAUCACAGUGGCCUGAAGCGGAAGACACCAGUCUUGAAGAUGUCAGUUUCCAAACGAGCUAGAAAAGCCUCUAGCGACCUGGAUCAGGCCAGUGUAUCCCCAUCGGAAGAGGAUUCCGAGAGCCCAUCUGAGUCGGAGAAGACCAGUGACCAGGAUUUUACCCCAGAAAAGAAGACAGUGGCCCGGGUGCCACGACGGGGUCCUCUGGGAGGACGCAAGAAGAAGAAGGUGCCAUCAGCCUCGGAUUCAGACUCCAAAGCCGACUCGGAUGGGGCCAAGGAGGAGCCUGUGGUUGCAGCACAGCCGUCUCCAUCCUCCUCCUCGUCCUCCUCAUCCUCCUCCUCAGACUCAGAUGUGUCCGUCAAGAAACCUCCUCGAGGCAGAAAGCCAGCUGAGAAGCCACCCCCCAAACCCCGAGGGCGGAGACCAAAGCCAGAACGACCACCUUCCACCUCCAGCAGUGACAGUGACAGUGACAGUGGUGAGGUGGACCGCAUCAGUGAGUGGAAGAGACGUGAUGAGGAGCGAAGGCGCGAGCUGGAGGCUCGGAGGCGACGGGAGCAAGAGGAAGAGCUCCGGAGACUUCGAGAACAGGAGAGGGAAGAGAAGGAGCGGCGCAAAGAGCGGGCAGAGCGUGGGGGCAGCAGUGGGGAGGAGCUGGAGGACGAGGAGCCUGUGAAGAAACGUAGCCGCAAGACUCGGGGCCGGGGCACACCAUCCUCCUCUGACUCAGAGCCCGAGGGGGAGCUUGGGAAAGAGGGAAAGAAGUUGGCCAAGAAGUCCCACCUGCCAGGCUCAGAGUCUGCAAGGAAGCCUGGGCAGAAGGAGAAAAGAGGGCGGCCAGAUGAGAAGCCACGAGCCAGGCCCGUGAAGGUGGAGCGGACACGGAAGCGGUCAGAGGGUCUCUCACUGGACAGGAAGGGGGAGAAGAAGAAAGAACCUUCUGUAGAGGAGAGACUGCAAAAGCUGCACAGCGAGAUCAAAUUUGCACUGAAGGUUGACAACCCAGAUGUGAGGAGGUGUCUGAGUGCACUGGAAGAACUGGGGACCCUGCAGGUAACCUCUCAGAUCCUUCAGAAGAACACAGAUGUGGUAGCAACACUGAAGAAGAUUCGCCGGUACAAAGCCAACAAGGAUGUGAUGGCAAAGGCAGCAGAAGUCUACACCCGGCUCAAGUCGCGGGUCCUAGGGCCGAAAGUUGAGGCUCUCCAGAAGGUGAACAAGGCUGGAGCCGAGAAGGAACGGGCCGAUGGCGAGAAGGUGGAGGAACAGCCGGGGGAGCAGGCUCCCAGAGAGCUGGCAGAAGAUGAGCCCAGCACCGAUCGGUCAGCACCUGUGAAUGGUGAGGCCACAUCCCAGAAGGGGGAGAACACGGAAGAUAGAGCACGGGAAGACGGGCAGGACUCGGAGGACGGCCCCAGGGGUGGCUCCUCAGAAGAGCUGCAUGACCCACAGGACAGCUCCGACCCCGCAAGGCCUGGGAACGAGCAUCAGGACCAUGAGAGGACACGGCUGGCCUCUGAGUCUGCUGCUGAUGACAGUGAGGACAGCUGAGCCCCAGCCACUGUGGCCAUGUGCCAUGUCCGUCCCCAGCCUCCCAGGGAAGUGCUGCGCUGUUUGUAUUUGUGGCCUGGGCUUUUCUGCCUAGUUCUGUGAUUUCAAUUGACAUGAAAUGGCUAUAAAGAAUUUUGUAAUGAAAAAGAAACAGCUUUUAUUGGCUUGGUGUUCUGAUAUGAAAUGCAGCUAGGCUAGGGCCAGGGCACUGUGCCUGACAAAGGGUUUAGGUGCUGGCCUCCAAGAGCAGUGUGGAGAGCCAGACCUGACUUCAGGGCAGGGCUCAUACCCACAGGCUGGCAGAGCUCUUCCUGCAGCCAGUGGCCUGUUCUACCAGCAUGAGUAAAGCAGACACUAAGGACAGCUCAAGAGGGGAGAGGUCCAUCAGCAGCUGUGCAGAGACCCUCAGAUGGGACCAACAUAGUGCCUCUGGGGCAGCUCGCCCUCUGGGCUGGAGUGUUGCAGUCCACAGCAUCCCAGCCUCCUUUCACUGUGUGGCUUUGAGCAGGGGCUGCCCCACUCUUCUGUGUUCCCAGUGGGCUCACAAGUUGGGUGCAUGCUUCCAGUAUCCUGCCUCAAUAGCCACCAAUAAUUGGGCAUGAUGUAAUGAGGCUCAUGCCAUCUGUUGAAAGGCUUAGCCACAGGCUCUGAGCCCAGUGUUUGCCAGUGGCUGUAUUUAGUGUCACCAUGAUGCUGACAUGGCAGAAGGACAGGGAAAGGCCCCUGGCUGUCUCUAUCAUGGUGUUCCUUGGCCAUAGCUAGCCCAGCCCUGAAGUUUGUGGACAUUGCUAUUUUCCAAGAGUGCAGAUAAAGGAGCUGGAAGGUUGGGGUCACUAGCACUGCUGGGGUUCAGGGAUGGCUGGGCUGUGGCCUUAGCCUGUUGGUGAGGCAGUGCCCCAGCAUCUUGUUUGCUUGCAUCUUGGGUGCAUGGGGCAAGGGAGAUGAGCCGCCACCUGCCCGUUUCCCUACUCAGCACAGUCUCCAACCCUAGGCUGCAGGCCAUGUGCCUGCACACAUCACAGCUACUCAUUCAGUCUCCGUGCAGUGGUACGUGUAUGACUCGUUUUCUCAGCAGACUGGGGUGUGUGGCUGUGUGCAGCUUUUCUCCCUGCUAAGAAUCAGAAGCGGCUACAGGAGCUUACUUCAGCGGCUAGUUUGGAGGAGGGGACAUUGGUUUUUGGAUAUAGCAGGAGCUGUGGCUGGUUUCAAAUUCACUUUCCGAGGACCUUCUGCUCCCGCUCAAUCCAGAGCUUUGUGGAAGUACAGCCA